UAUAUAUAUAUAUAUAUACCCCUAUAUAAAAUAUUGGCAUUGCAUAUCCUCAUCAUAUCAUAAAUAUUAUAAUUUCAUCUAUAACAUAUAUAUUUUCUCUUUUUGAUUAUAGAAAUAUAAUGAGUGUGUUAGUGAUGAAUAUUAUGAUGAUAAUUUUAUCAUUAUCAUUAUCAUUAUCAAUAGAGACCGUUGGAUCAUCAUCAUCAUCAUCAGUUGAUUGUUUUUUCAUAUUUGGAGAUUCAUUGGCUGAUAAUGGAAAUAAUAACAAUCUUCUCACUUUGGCUAAAGUCAAUUAUCAACCUUAUGGGAUUGACUUUCAUAAUUCCCCAACUGGAAGAUUCACCAAUGGAAAAAAUACUGUUGAUAUUAUUGGUGAUCUUCUGGGUUUUGAUGAGUACAUUCCAUCUUUUGCUUCAUCACUACUUAAUGAAAGCUCUAAUUUAAUGAGUGGGGUCAAUUAUGCUUCUGGGGCAUCUGGAAUUCUCUCAAUUUCUGGCAAACAUAUGGGUGACAAUAUUGGUUUGGGGAAACAAAUGAAGAAUCACAAGAUUGUGGUGUCAAAAAUUGUUGAGAAAUUAGGGGACAAAAAAUUAGCCAAAGAGUACUUAAACAAGUGUUUGUAUUGGGUUGCAAUGGGAAAUAAUGAUUACAUUAACAAUUACUUCAUGCCUUGGAUUUACCCUUAUGGAAAUCUUUAUAACCCUAAUCAAUAUGCCAAUCUUCUCAUCCAAAAAUAUAGUGAUCAAAUCAUGAGCUUGUACAAUAAUGGAGCAAGAAUGGUAGCCCUAAAUGGAUUAGGGCAAAUUGGUUGUACUCCGAACUCGAUAAAAACUUACGGAGCAAGUAAUGGAUCUACCUGCGUAGAUUACAUGAACGACGCAGUUCAGCUCUUCAACCAAAAACUUGUGACGCUCGUUGAUAAAUUCAACAGUGAUUUUGCUGAUGCAAAAUUCAUCUAUAUUAACUCUUACGGAAUGGGGUCUGGAGAUCCCACUGAAGCUGGGUUCAAAGUUUGGGAUGUUGGGUGUUGUUCGGUGAAUGAGAUAGGGCAAUGUAAGAAAUUGGAGAAGCCAUGUGAGAAUAGGACAGAGUAUGUGUUUUGGGACUCAUUUCAUCCAACUGAGGCUUCUAAUUUAAUCACAGCCAAUAGAAUUUACAAAGCUUAUGAUCCAUCAGACUCUCACCCAAUGGAUCUUAGUACCCUAAUUCAAUCAUUUCAACUACUAAUAAAUCCUAUUAUGAGUAUGUAAUUAAUUAUUAAUUAUAUAUAUUAUCUUAAUUAAUAUAUCUAUAUAUGUGUGUGUUUUUAUAUCUAUAUUAUUGUUUUGCAAUAAUGUAUAUGAAUCCAAAUCAUGUGUGUACUAUUUCGUUGUUAUGUCAAUAAUUAAAUUUUAUUAUAA